AGCGAUUCUCUUUGACGCGUACACCCCUCGCAUGGUUCCGGUUAAGCGAGCGUGAUCCGCCGUGUUCAGCCUCUUUCUCUCUCUUUUUACUAAAACACUUUCAGCAGACCCUCGCGUCCACGCCUGCUUAAUUACCCCCUGAACGGACUUCUUCAGCCCAGCGGACAUGGCGACUCCCGUAUCUGGCCCGGUUCAGUCCAGCCCGGCUGCGGCUUCGGCGCUGCAGAGAGGAAUAGUGAAGAUGGUCCUGUCUGGAUGUGCAAUCAUUGUAAGAGGCCAACCGCGAGGCGGCCCUCCUCCAGAGCGACAGAUCAACCUCAGCAAUGUCCGUGCUGGUGCCCUUGCACGCAGAGCUACCCAGAACCAGCCUGAAACCAAGGACACACCCGAUGAGCCCUGGGCUUUUCAGGCUCGUGAGUUCCUACGCAAAAAGCUGAUUGGGAAAGAGGUGUGCUUCACUGUAGAGAUCAAAACCCAGCAGGGAAGGGAGUAUGGCAUGGUAUACCUGGGAAAGGAAGCAUCAGGAGAAAACAUUGCUGAGUCGCUGGUUGCAGAGGGACUUGCCACAGUCCGCAGAGAGGGCAUCAGAGGCACCAAUCCUGAGCAGGCCAGACUUUGUGAUUUGGAAGACCAAGCAAAGGCUGCUAAGAAAGGGAUUUGGUCUGAAGGUGGAGGGGCACACACAAUUCGUGACUUGAAGUACAGCAUCGAGAACCCUCGGAACUUUGUGGACUCGUUGCACCAGAAGCCAGUUAACGCUAUUAUCGAACAUGUUCGAGAUGGCAGUGUUGUGCGAGCACUUCUGCUACCGGACUACUACCUUGUCACAGUGAUGCUGUCUGGAGUUAAGUGCCCAACAUUUAAACGGGAAGCUGAUGGAACAGAGACCCCUGAGCCGUUUGCAGCUGAGGCAAAAUUCUUCACGGAAUCACGGCUGCUUCAGAGGGAUGUGCAGAUUAUUCUGGAGUCUUGCCCUAACCAGAUCAUCUUGGGCACUAUCCUCCACCCGAAUGGGAACAUCACAGAGCUGUUGCUAAAGGAGGGCUUUGCACGCUGCGUCGACUGGUCUAUGGCAGUGUACACCCAGGGGGCAGAGAAACUGCGGGCAGCAGAACGCUCCGCUAAAGAGCGUAAAGUGAGGAUCUGGAAAGACUAUGUUGCUCCCACCGCCAACCUGGAUCAGAAGGACAGACAGUUUGUAGCAAAGGUAAUGCAGGUUGUGAAUGCAGAUGCUAUUGUUGUGAAGUUGAACUCUGGCGAAUACAAGACUAUCCACCUGUCCAGCAUCCGGCCCCCAAGGAUUGAGGGCGAGGAAAAGAACAAGGACAAGGACAAGCGCUUCCGUCCACUGUACGACAUUCCUUACAUGUUCGAGGCCAGAGAAUUCCUGAGGAAGAAGCUGAUAGGAAAAAAGGUCAAUGUCACUGUGGAUUACAUCAGAGCUGCCACUACUGCUGCAGAAACUGGCCCUGUCCCUGCCUUCCCAGAACGCACCUGUGCCACAGUCACCAUUGGAGGAAUAAAUAUUGCUGAGGCCCUGGUCAGUAAAGGCCUUGCUACAGUAAUCAGAUAUCGUCAGGAUGAUGAUCAGAGGUCCUCUCACUACGAUGAGCUGCUUGCUGCAGAGGCAAGGGCCAUCAAGAACGGGAAAGGACUUCACAGCAAGAAGGAGGUACCCAUUCACAGAGUGGCUGACAUCUCAGGGGAGACCCAAAAAGCCAAGCAGUUUCUGCCAUUCCUGCAGAGGGCCGGCCGUUCAGAGGCAGUGGUUGAAUAUGUGUUCAGUGGCUCCAGACUCAAGCUCUACAUGCCCAAAGAGACGUGCCUCAUCACCUUCUUGCUCGCUGGAAUUGAGUGUCCACGAGGAUCCCGAAACAUUCCAGGUGGGGUCCCAGAGCCAUUCAGUGAGGAGGCCACACUUUUCACCAAGGAGCUGGUUCUGCAGAGAGAGGUGGAGGUGGAGGUUGAGAGCAUGGAUAAAGCUGGGAACUUCAUAGGCUGGCUCCACAUUGAAGGGGUGAAUCUGUCUGUGGCUCUGGUCGAGAACUCUCUCUCCAAGGUCCACUUCACAGCCGAGCGCAGCGCCUACUACAAAACCCUGCAGUCGGCCGAGGAGGUGGCCAGGCAGAGGAAAGAUAAGAUCUGGGCCAAUUAUGAAGAGAAGCCAACAGAAGAGGUGGCCCAGGUCUCUGAAGAGAAGGAGCGUGUGGCCAACUACAGGCCUGUGUACGUCACCGAGAUCACGGAUGGACUGCACUUCUACACUCAGGAUGUGGAAACCGGUGCCCAGCUAGAGAACCUGAUGGAGACCAUGCGGGCAGAGAUCGCAGCUCAGCCCCCUGUGGAGGGGUCCUUCACCCCACACAGAGGGGACUACUGCAUUGCCAAGUUUGCUGACGGAGAGUGGUACAGAGCUCGUGUGGAAAAGGUUGAAUCCCCAGCAAAGGUUCAUGUGUUCUACAUAGACUAUGGCAACCGAGAGACAGUGUCCUCUGUGCGUCUAGCGGCUCUUCCUCCUGCCUUCAGCACCCGCAAUCUGCCUCCUCAGGCCACUGAGUACGCCUUUGCCUUCAUCCAGGUCCCACAGGAUGAAGACGCGCGAGCUGAUGCAGUGGACUGCGUGGUGAGGGACAUUCAGAACACACAGUGUCUACUGAACGUAGAGCACGGUGGCUCUGUCUGCCCGCACGUCACCCUGCUGUUCUCCGACUCCAAAGAUGAUGUGGGCCUGGGCCUGGUUAAAGAGGGGCUGGUGAUGGUGGAGGUUCGUAAGGAGAAACACCUGCAGAAAAUGGUGACCGAGUAUCUAAAUGGCCAGGAGUCUGCGAAGAGUGCUAGGCUCAACAUUUGGCGCUAUGGAGACUUCCGUGCCGAUGACGCAGAUGAGUUUGGGUACAGUCGCUAAGUCCUGCCAUUCCAAAGACCUUGUGGAACAUAAGAUGCAUCCGCAGAGAGAAAGAGGGAAAAACAUCACAACAAAGUGUUAAUAUGCUCUCUUAUUUUUGGUAAUAUUGCAGCAUUCAUCUCUCUCGGUCUUCUUUCAUGCUCUGUGCAUUUCCCCUCUUCUGCCCAAGGAUCUUUUUGGAGUUUUGGUUUUAUUUCUAAAGAGAGCAGGGCUACAGGUGACUUCACUUGUAGAUAAAUAGGACCAAUUUACCAUGUCAUUUUUAGCCAAUUAUCAUUUCUGUGUUUAUUUUUAGCCAGUCACCAUACUGUUUAAUGCUUCUCCACAGCCAAACCCAAUGUAGUUCUGCUCCAGUCUGAGCUUUACUUCAGAGGGCGGGGCUUUCAGAAGGGCGGGGUUUGCACAGAGAGAUCAUGAACUCAACAGCUUCCUGAGAAAACGCUUCCUUAAUCAUGAGACAAAAUUCUAUAUUUAAAUGUAUAUGGAUAUUAUUUUGAUGCUAGAUAAGUGCACUCAAAGUGAAACUAACGAGUGUAUUUUUUAAUGUAUGAGUGUUUGACCUUUCUGGACUUUUGUGUAAGGAGUGUGUUUUCUCUUUUUGUGGCACAAAGAAAAGCUGCCAACGCCUUGACAAGCAUUCAUUCUACUCCUCUGGGAUGUUUACAUAUAACGGUCGUUUCUUUGUCUUCUCCUCUCUGUCUCUCCUGCCAUAGCAGAAAACAACAGUGUUUGAAUUAAUUUCCAAGGUAGACCUGUCAUUGUAUUUAAAUCUGCUAAAUAAAAAUGAGCAAAGUCUUC